AUGACACAUAAUACUUAUUCCCGCUACAGACAGUCAGUGUUACAGACAGACACAGAUUCAACCCUUGUAGUAAAAUCAGAAAAGGAUUCGACUGAUUACUCUCAAGAAACAAUUAGGAAGGACACUAUAAUAAAAUUUGACAUUCAGGACAUAAAUUCAACCAAAACUAAAGCAGUUUCUAUCCAUGAUUAUGUUGAAACCUCAUCAGAAUAUAAGCCAUUACUUGAGACUUCAACUCAACAUUCUUACAACGAUGGAGAUCAGAUCAUUUUAUCAACUAGCAAUGUAAACAGUUUAAAUGACGGGACAGCUAUUAAGUUUGUAACGGAUGAUAAUCAUUUGCAUGAAAAUGACGAUACUAAGCAAAGCGAAUAUGAAAGUAAAGACGUUACUUCAUUGAAGGAAAAUUUGGAAAAGAAAACCACUAACUAUGAAGCCUUCCUUGAUAAAGAAAAAACUGAACAAUCUACUUUAGCUCCCUCUUUAGAACUCAGCUCCGAAACUAAAAAUUAUGAAAAAAAUGCCGGUCAUACAAUUAUUUAUCCAGAUAUCCUUCACAAAAAGUCACCAGAUGCCUUUUCCAUUGAUAAGAAAGAAAUUGUUGCUAAUUUUGAUGUAUCUUCAACCAACGACAAAUUUAAAAGUGAAGUUACAACUGAAAAAAUAUCCUCUGGGUUCAAUUUACUGCAAGAAGCGUUUACAAUCAAAUCUUCUACUUCAGUAGUUGCAGCCUCUGAUGACGUUUUUUCGACAAAGAUGGGUGAAUCUUCAAAACACUCUAAAUUAGAUGGCUUCAGUAACAAAGAGACAGUUAUUGAUUCCAAAGAAACCACCAGAUUUUCAAUCGACAAACAACCAGACAGUACUACUCCUGAUACUUCAAGUAUGGAAACUUCUUAUCAACCAUCUACUGACUACUUAUCUUUCAAUAAUGAAGCAUCACAGGAUGAGUUCGGCCUCAGUAACAAACGAACAACUAUUGAUUCCAAAGAAACCACCAGAUUUUCAUUCGACGAACAACCAGACAGUACACCUCAUGAUACUUCAAGUAUGGAAACAUCUUAUCAACCAUCUACUGACUACUUAUCUUUUAAUAAUGAAAGAUCUCAAGAUAAAUUAGGAGGUCUCAAUAACAAACAGACAAUUAUUGAUUCCAAAGAAAUCAUCAGUUUUUCAAUCGACAAAGAACUAGACAGUACGUCUCAUGAUAUUAUGAAAAUAGAAACAUCUUAUCAACCAUCUACUGACUACUUAUCUUUUAAUAAUGAAGCAUCACAGGUUGAAUUAGAAUUCCUCAGUAACAAAGAGACAACUAUUGAUUCCAAAGAAACCACCAGAUUUUCUAUCAACAAAGAACUAGACAAUAAACCUCAUGAUACUUCAAGAAUAGAAACAUCUUAUCAACCAUCUACUGACUACUUAUCUAUUAAUAAUGAAAGAUCUCAGGAUAAAUUAGGAGGUCUCAGUAACAAACAGACAACUAUUGAGUCCAAAGAAACCACCAGCUUUUCAACGGACAAGCAACCAGACAGUACGCUGCAUGAUACUUCAAAUGUUGAAACAUCUUAUCAACCAUCUGACUACUCAUCUAUUAAUAAUGAAAGAUUUCAAGAUCAAACAAAAGAUUCCUCAGACACUGGAUAUUUUACGACCACAGAUAAAUAUUUGAACAACUACUAUGAAGAUCAUGUAAUUGAGCAAUCGAUUCAACCAAAACCAGCGAUUGACAAGCCACUUGCAUUAUUAUCAGACGGUAACUUUUUCACAAAAAAAGUGGAGGAAAGUGACAAUUCGUCCAAUCAAGACAACAACACGACCGGCCAAUCAUCUCAAGAUUUUUCAAAAUAUCCAAUCAGUGAAGAAACAGAUUCUCCCAAAUUAGAAAAUACCAAAACAACACUUGAUUAUUUAAAAGAUACAUCUGAAAAUAAGGUUACUGGUACAACACAAAUAAAUACUCACAUAGGAAUAGUACAACAAUUAGAAGAUAAUGAUGAAGGCUUCCCUGUUUCAUUCUUAGAAAUGGUUACACAAGAUAAAAAUGAUUCAGGGUUGUUCAUUCAAGAAACUAUUCAAUCCAAUCUUAUUGAUUUCAGUGACGGUAAAACAAAACCAGAAAUAGUUACAGAAAGGUCAAAAGAAACUUAUCUCACAACUUCUGUUCCAACAGAUGAAAGUACUUUUAAAGAAAAAACCCUUUUGAACAUUGUGACAGAAGCCUCUAUUUUUGAAAGAACAACAGGGAUUCUUUUUGAAUCGACUGAAAGAAUAAAUUCUGGUGCAGCUAUCUCUACUACUGAGAUCAAAAAUAAUGUUCAAAACGAUUACAGAACCUCACUUAGCAAUGACUUCGAAACAGAAUCUUUUCAGGGCACAACAAAAAGUGAAUACUCCCAUGAAAAUCUUUUAAAAGAUUUAUCACUAACCUCAAAUAAACAUGAUUCAGUGUCUGAUUCAAACGUUACUCAAACAACUCUAUCAGAAACAAGUGAAACAUUUGUUGUGACAGAUGCGUACAUUCAUCUUAAAGAUUCUGAUCAAACUUCAAAUGAGAAAGCAACUUUCUCAUCUAAUGACGCUAUUGAUUAUUCAACAAAGUUUGUGAAAUUAGACAUCACAACUUUUUCUACCAGUCUUAUGUCGACUUCUGAUAAAGUGGAAAAAGAAUUUACUUCAACUAAAAAGGAAGAAGGAACGAGUACUGUUAAACCACUCCAAUUAGUACCUGAAAAUCUUUUAGCUCUAACUGAGUUAGAAGGAGAUUUGAAAUUAGAGUCAUCGGACACUAGCUUACUAAAAACCAAACCGAUUGAUGAAAAACGAAUUUUGCCAGAAAUUUUUCUUAUGAAACCAACUGUAAACACAAACAAUUACAAUAAAUCUGAUGUUUCGGAAAUACCGAAUACCACAGAACAUGAGUUAGAAUUUCAAUCCGAACCACCAGCAGAAACUUCAGUUAGUGAUUCUUUCAUCAAUUCAGACUUCCUACCAGAAUCCACCGAAAUUAAAAUAUUGAACUCUGAACAGGAUCAAGAGUUAGCAGCAAUAACCUCAAAUAUUUUGACUGAAACACCUGUUCCUGAGUUAUCUACAAAUCCAGGUUUUCUCUCCGAAAACAGCGUUUCAGAAACAGUAAACACUGAAAAAGUGCAGUCAGAAGCACCUGAUCAUGAGUUAUCUACAAAUCCAGGUUUUCUCUCUGAAACCAGUGUUUCAGAAACGUUAAAUACUGAAAAAGUACAAUCAGAAACACCUGUUCAUGAGUUAUCUACGAAACAAGAUUUUCUCUUUGAAACCAGAGUUUCGGAAACGUUAAACGCUGAAAAAGUACAGUCAGAGACACCUGCUGAUGAGUUAUCCACAAAUCCAGGUUUUCUCUCUGAAACCAGUGUUUCAGAAACGUUAAACACUGAAAAAGUACAGUCAGAAACACCUGUUCAUGAGUUAUCUACGAAACCAGAUUUUUUCUCUGAAAUCAGUGUUUCGGAAGCGUUAAGCACUGAAAAAGUACGGUCAGAAACGCCUGCUCAUGAGUUAUCUACAAACCCAGGUUUUCUCUCUGAAACCAGUGAGUCAGAGGCGUUAAAAACUGAAAAAAUACAGACCGAAACACCUGUUCAUGAGUUAUCUACGAAUCCAGGUUUUCUUUCUGAAACCAGUGUUUCAGAAACGUUAAACAUUGAAAAAAUACAGACAAAAGCACCUGUUCAUGAGUUAUCUAUGAAUCCAGAUUUUCUCUCUGAAAACAGUGUUUCGGAAACGUUGAACACUGAAAAAGUACAGUCAGAAACACCUGCUCUUGAGUUAUCUACAAACCCAGGUUUUCUCUUUGAAACCAGUGUGUCAGAAACGUUAAAAGCUGAAAAAAUAGAAACCGAAACACCUAUUCAUGAGUUAUCAACGAAUCCAGGUUUUCUUUCUGAAACCAGUGUUUCGGAAACGUUAAACACUGAAAAAGUACAGUCAGAAGCACCUGCUCUUGAGUUAUCUACAAACCCAGGUUUUCUCUCUGAAACCAGUGUGUCAGAAACGUUAAAAGCUGAAAAAAUACAAACCGAAACACCUAUUCAUGAGUUAUCAACGAAUCCAGGUUUUCUUUCUGAAACCAGUGUUUCAGAAAUGUUAAACAUUGAAAAAAUACAGACAGAAACAUCUGUUCAUGAGUUAUCUACGAAUCCAGAUUUUCUCUCUGAAACCAGUGUUUCCGAAACGGUAAGCACUGAAAAAGUGGAAGAGUUAGAAGAAAAACCUAAACUUUCAACUAGUGACUCAUUCAAAAAACCAGGUAUCUUCACUGAAUCCACUAUUUCAGAAGCAAUACACUCUGAUGAAGAGUUAGAAAUAAUUACUUCAGGGUCUUAUAUCACUUCUCGUACGGAAACGGUAUACAAAGACGAUUUUUCUAGCAAAAUAAGGGAUUUUGAAACUUCUACAAAAUCUAUUUUGCCAGCAGAAUCAACUGUCAUUUCAACAAGCAAACCAGAAAUUACAAAAAAAGAUCGUCCUCUUGACAAAUUAUCAUCAGGUUUUGAUAGUUCUGAUUCUGAACUUCCAAUCGGAGCAAUGCACCAUCAAAGCAACUCAUUCCAGAAACUCAGUAUAGAUGUUUUCGAAAAACGCCAAAGUACUACGCCAGAAUCUUUUGAAAUAGGUAGCUUAUUUGAUGUAGAGCAACUUCCAAAUAAUCUAACCACAGUAGACACGUUGAAUGACACAGAGGUCCAUCUCAAAGGGACAUCAAUUGAUUUCUCAGCUUCCUCAUACAGCGGUCAAUUCUUUUCAGAUGACAUGUCUACUACUACUGAACAAUCUUCUAAGUUCGAAAUAUCCUCCCAUAAGCGACAACCGACUAACAACUUUACUUUUUCCCCUCAAACCAGUUUUGAAAAUAUCGAUCACAAUACAAUUGCUGAUUUUCCAGCUGAAGAAAUAUGGAAUAUAGUGAAGCAAUUUAAUUCCGAGAAAGUCCAAGCAGAAAUCCAUGAAAUUGAUGCGCCAAGUGAAACUUCUUCUCAAGCAACUGAAGCAUCUUCUGAAGCAGCUGAUGAAGAGGACUUUGAUAAAACGCGAGAUGAUAUAACAAAAACAGCAGAGGAGACUGUUACUCCUCCAACAUCUGAAUCCACUUCGAAACCUCUAAUUUAUGAUGUUAUUUUAGAAACAGAUCCUGAUUCAACGGAAGAAUUAACUACUUUAUACGAGCCACAAUCAACCACUACAAAUCCAGAUAUCAUAGAUAGUCAACGCCCCCACCAAAGAGAUGGUUAUUGUUACUAUGAAAACACAGUGUAUAAUUCAGCAGAACAAAUUCCCCGAAAAGAUCCCUGUGAAUUCUGUUUUUGCUUUAGAGGAGAUAUCAUAUGUCUUCAACAAACUUGUCCUCCUCCGAUACAUGGAUGUUAUGCAACACCCAUUCAAGGAUUUUGUUGCCCAAGAUUCCAUUGCCCUGUUCACGAAAUGCAUUUUAAUGGAACAACAACUACUACUCCAGGAUACCCACAUCAUUUUACCAGUAGUUUAUUAGCUACAGGCUGUGAAAUUGAAGGACAUGUUUACAGAGUGCAACAAGUUGUCCGACCAGCUAGUGGUCCAUGUAUGCUUUGUCGUUGUGAAUCGGGUGGAAUGAUGAAAUGUGAACCAAGAGAAUGUCAACCUCAACCACCCCUCCUUUUACGUCUCAAUCGUGAUUUCUUUCGACGAAGAUAACUGCCAAAGAUUCUUUAACUGCCUGUCUCAUUGUAUUACUGCCUGCUUUAUUGUAUUUAUUGUUUCCUUUAGUGGGACACUAUUUAUGGAUAUUUUUUUUAUUGUGCCAUAUACAAUCAUGUUUUAUUUAUUUAAUUUAUUCAUGUUUUAUUUAUUUAAUUUAUUUGGCUUUGUAAGUCGUCUGUCUUUCUGAAGAUGGGAAUUUAUUUAUGGAUAGGAUCUCAAUUUCAUUGCUGUUUGUGUACAUCAUUUCAACCUUUUUUUUUUAAAAAAUAAAUGCACUGUGUAUAUUUCAAAUCUUUCUCUCUCUUAAUAUCAAUAGAGAUUUUGGUUAACUAUGUUGCUCAUUUAAUAAUUGUUUUAAUAAUUCUUGAAAAUUUCAGUUGAACCCAUUUAAAAUAAUUUUUCUUAAAUGCGUGUAGAAAAAAUGAGGUCAGAAACCAGUCGGUGUAAUUGAAUUUCAUUGAUAAUUUCUGGGUCGUUUCAGAAAAGGCAAAAGGAGAUUUUGGGAUUGCCUCCGUUGCAAAAAACAAAUUGUUCAAACAAUAGACAACAAUCAAAAUCUUCAACCAAAGAACAAUGUCUUAUCA